CUUGCUUUAUAAUGUCAUCAUCACUGCGAGACCCAAAGAUCUGAACAGUCUCUCUCUCUCUCUCUCAUGGCUGAGCUGAUCUGUCUCUUUUACUGGUGAUAUAUUCCGUUUCGCCAUCGGAGAAUCUCUGUAACUGAUCAGCAGUCGAUGAUGAGUGAACUCGAUCUCGGAACGAGUCAGAGGAUUACAGAGACACACCGCGCCACGCCUACGACGACGUUUCUUGAUUUGCUCCGUCGUCAGAUGAGCGGUCACGAUCUCACCAGGAGGAAACGCACUCUCAAAGAACGGCUGAGAUUCAAAUGCAUCGGCGGAUGCUGCGGUCCGACCUGGAGUCUCCGUCUAACUAACAACGACGCCGGCACUCUCCACAGUCAAAGCUCCAGAGACGACGCCGAAAUCGAAGAACAAACCGAAACCGGAAUCGUUCCCGAAUCGGGUUCGGGUAUGAAUCUCGCGACGGCGUUAGAGGCGGAGAGAUAUAAUAACCGCGGAGGAGAAUCGACGGAAGCGGAAGUAGAUAUGACGCCGACGAGAGUUUCGUUGAUGAGAUUGCUUGAGGAGACGGCGGAGAGAGCCGCUCAUGACGACGGAGGAGGAGGAAAGGAGACGGAGAUAAUAACGGCGUCAAUGGGGACGUUAACGGGUAAUGAUUCGGUGUGUUGCGUGUGUAUGGUAAGAAAGAAAGGUGCUGCGUUUAUCCCAUGUGGUCAUACUUUUUGCAGAGUCUGCUCUAGAGAACUCUGGCUUAACCGUGGAUCGUGUCCUCUCUGUAACCGUCCGAUCAUUGAGAUACUCGAUAUCUUUUGAAAAAACGAUCGGACGGCUUUAAGUCCUCGAUCCACGUGUGAGUAAAUUCAGCGAGUAUGAGAGUAAAAUCGAGUGUAUAGAAGUGUAAGAAGUAUAGAAGAGUAAAUCGAAUAGAUAAGAGAGUGUAGAAGAAGAAUUGUAACUUCUUACUUGAUAUGGUUCCUAGGUACAAGCUAAUUAUAGACAAUUUACAAAGGGAAUAUUCCUAGAAGAUAUUAUGCACAAUUACACAUAAUGAUAGUGGCAUCCUUCCUUAAGCUAGACAUGUGAUCUUUGUUUGACUUAAACUCUCU